AUGAUGUUCUUGGCGUGCUGCUACAACGACCCGGACAUGCUCAUCGAUCCGGAGACCAUCUACCCCACCCGCCCCGACUGCACCGACGCCCCCAAGUCCCGCUUCAAGCCCAUGCCUCGCCGCACGCUGAGUCCGAGGAGAUGGAAGCUGCUGUUCAACGAGGAGGGCUGCCUCGACGCCGCUGGAAUGAUCAUGAGAGUGCAGCGUGGGGGCGUCCACCCAAACAUCAAAGGAGAAGUUUGGGAGUAUUUGCUCGGUUGUUACGACCCUAAAAGCACUACCGAACAGAGGAAUCAAUUGCGACAACAGAGAAGGUUAGAAUAUGAGAAACUGAAAACAAAGUGCCGAGAAAUGGACACGACUGUUGGUAGUGGAAGGGUAAUCACUAUGCCUGUCAUAACAGAAGAUGGCCAGCCUAUCGAGGAUCCUAACUCAACUGGAGAACAGCAAACCAAUAAUGGUCCGCUCACAAAAGAAGUCAUUCAAUGGAAACUUCUUCUGCACCAAAUUGGUCUUGAUGUUAACCGAACUGACCGGACAUUAGUGUAUUACGAGAGCCAGGAGAAUUUGGCACGGCUGUGGGACAUUCUUACAGUGUACGCAUGGGUGGACACUGACAUUGGUUACUGUCAGGGAAUGAGUGAUCUUUGUUCACCAAUAUCAAUAAUUUUGGAACAUGAAGCAGAUGCUUUUUGGUGCUUUGAACGGCUGAUGCGCAGAGUGCGUGAAAAUUUCAAGAGUACUUCUACCUCAAUUGGAGUUCGAUCUCAGCUGACCACCUUGUCAACCAUAAUGAAAGCUGUUGACCCAAAGCUACAUGAGCAUUUAGAAAAUCUUGAUGGAGGUGAAUACUUAUUUGCCUUUCGGAUGCUGAUGGUUAUUUUUCGUAGAGAGUUCUCUUUUAUAGACACGAUGUACCUUUGGGAGCUCAUGUGGUCUAUGGAGUACAAUCCAGGGUUUUUUUCAACGUUGGAGAGUAACACUGGACCACCAAAUGCAAAAGAUGAAAAUACCCUAAAACAGUGUGGAAAGUUUGAAAGGAAAAAAUUGCAGGCAGCCAAGCAAGACGAUCAGAUCCCUCUAUCGGUCUUUGUUGUAGCUAGCGUCAUAGAGGCUAGAAACAAGCGGUUACUGGGGGAGGCAAAAGGUCUCGAUGAUGUCGUCAAGAUUUUGAAUGAAAUCACUGGAAGCCUGGAUGCAAGAAAGGCAUGUAGAAGGGCAUUGACGAUUCAGGAGAAGUACCUAACCACAGUAAAAGCAUCAUAG